GGGAGGAACGCACGAGGUUGUGCGAGGGGACGGAGCACCCCCGAGAGAGCGGGGUGGCCUGGCUGGGACCCCACACUCGGCCCCUCCGCCCGCCCCUCCCCCCGGUCUCCCGGGUCCUGCGCCGCAAUAGGGGGCGGGGUCUCCGUGGGCCCAGGGAGCCGUCACGUGACCGCUUCCCGCCGCAGCCCCCUUGGAAGCUGCUAGGCGGAAGCAGACGUUCAGACCCGGGCUGGGCGGCACUGAGUCCACAUCCGGGAGAGGCGAGGCGAGCGGAAGUGGCGUUGGUCUGGACGGAGCCCUUGGGUGAAACUGUUAGGCGUGGAGAGGGAGUGAUGUCUUCCACACUCGGUGCAGUCCCCGCCACUCCGGGACCCACGUCCUUUAAGCAGCAGAGGAGCGCCAGAAUCGUGGGAGCAAAGAAUAGCAGGACCCAGUGCUCCCCCAUAAAGGAUAACAGUUUCCAGUACACCAUCCCUCAUGAUGACUCCUUAAGUGGUUCAUCUGCCUCUUCGUGUGAACAAGUGAAUGAUUUUCCAGCAUCCUUCCGAAAAUCUUCAUACUGGAGGAAGAUGAGGCGGAUCAAGCAAGCCGCUUCUCCACCCAUUGAAGAGUCAGGUGGAGUGCUGGCCAAAGGGAAGAGGAAACUCAAGCAGGAAGACGACGAAGACUAUGGGGAAUUUCCACAGAAGAAGCAUAAACUUUAUGGGAGGAAGCAACGGCCUAAGACUCAGCCUGCUCCGAAACCCCAGGCACGGCGUAUACCGAAGGAGCCGCCAGUUUAUGCAGCAGGCAGUUUGGAGGAACAGUGGUACUUAGAAAUUGUGGAGAAAGGCAGUGUUUCCUGUCCUACCUGCCAGGCAGUGGGGAGGAAGACCAUAGAGGGUUUGAAGAAACACAUGGAAAACUGCAAACAGGAAAAGUUUACGUGUCAUCACUGUGGGAAACAGCUUCGUUCCUUGGCAGGGAUGAAGUAUCAUGUCAUGGCGAAUCAUAAUUUGCCCAUUUUGAAAGCUGGAGAUGAAAUUGAUGAGCCGAGGGAGAGGGAACGGCUCCGGAAAGUUCUGAAGAGACUGGGAAAGCUCAGGUGCUCGCGAGAGAGUUGCUCCAGUACCUUUACCAGCAUCAUGGGAUAUGUGUACCAUGUUAGAAAGUGUGGCAAAGCGGCUGCAGAGCUGGAGAAGAUGACCUUAAAAUGUCACCACUGUGGAAAACCGUACAGGUCAAAGGCUGGCCUCGCGUAUCACCUGAGGUCAGAGCAUGCUCCUAUCUCCUUCUUUCCAGAGUCAGGACAGACAGAGUGCUUAAAGGAGAUGGGCCUGGAAGCCAAGAGUGGGGGCCGAGUUCAGAGACGUUCUGCCAAGAUUGCUGUGUACCACCUGCAGGAGCUGGCCUCUGUGGAGCUGGCGAAGGAGUGGCCUAAGAGGAAGGUGCUGCAGGACCUGGUGCCUGAUGAUCGGAAGUUAAAAUAUACUCGUCCUGGGCUCCCAACUUUCAGCCAGGAAGUGCUACACAAGUGGAAGACAGAUGUCAAGAAGUAUCAUCGCAUUCAGUGCCCUAACCAGGGUUGUGAGGCUGUCUACAGUAGCGUGUCUGGCCUUAAAGCUCACCUGGGCUCUUGUACAUUGGGAACCUUCGUGGCUGGAAAAUACCAGUGUCUUCUAUGCCAGAAAGAAUUUGUGUCAGAGAGUGGUGUCAAGUAUCACAUCAACUCCGUCCAUGCUGAGGACUGGUUCGUUGUAAACCCAACAACAACAAAAAGCUUUGAGAAGCUGAUGAAGAUAAAGCAGAAGCAGCAAGAGGAAGAAAAGCGGAGGCAGCAGCACCGCAGCAGCAGGUCCCUCCGGAGGCGGCAGCAGGCCGGCAGCGAGCUUCCCGAGGCCCAGCUGAGCCUUAGAGCAGGGAAGGAGCAGAGGAGGAGUAACGAGGAACUGGCCGCGUGGACCUCCUGCAAGGAGGCAGAGCAGGAGCCUGGUGCAGCCCAGUUCCAGAAAGCAAAGCCCCCAAAGACCAAUCACAAACGAGGAAGAAAAUAGGCAGUCAGUGAAAGCACUCCUAGGAGGCGGAGGUGACGGUGACGCGUGGCCAGGGGACCUGUGCGGGAGGCUGAGUCUGGGUCGUGGGGCUGAGUGAAGGUGCUUGCAGCUGUCAGCUGUCCUGCAAGGCUGUGACUUCCUCAGCUCCUCCCUCCUGUGUAAAUUUCACUGUCUUCCCUACUCACUCACUCUCAUUCCUUCCCCAGACCCCUGUAGCAGGAUUUUCUACUAUUCAUAGGAGUCCUCCUGUUCUUCUCUUCUCUUGCCCAAAGAGAUCCCUCUUAAGGCCAACUGUAGGCCCCUCUUGCCUUGUACAAGACUAAGAAUGGUGUUUAUUGUCCUUUUCUUCCUGAGGUUUGAAUGUUCUUGGAAGCUCCAUUGAUUUAGUAGCCACUAGACUGUGUAACUUAUAAAUAAUUUCAAACUACUUUUUAAAAAAACCAUUAUUGGUUUAUCAUUUUGUAUUUGUAAUACAUGCAGCCUUGAAGCUAGAACUGUUGUUGGUUACUUAAUAGUGUUACCCCGAAUCCUUGGGAAGCAAAACCUUGCAGAGGCUGUUUGUCCUCAGUGUGAUUUUAGGAUCAAAAGAGAAAAAAAGAUAGCAUGAAAAAGCUAGAACCUCCCUACGCCGGUUAACCUGGGAGGUGCUUUGUCUGUACCAAGUAGCAAUGAUUAACUAGACCCAAUAGGCGUUAAAGCAGUCUGAGGAAUAAUGUGUCCCAAAUGCUAAAAUGACUGGAAAGGAAAAGGUAGAUGCAGUAAUACAAGCAGCCCAUCUUUCCUGGGACCCAAAGCCUCGUAUGUUGCUGUGAUCAGGGCCCUCCUAAAAUCUGCUUCUGCCUUGGUUUUAAAUGUUGUGAAUGUCACUGUGCCCCUGGCGUUUUGAGACAGCGCCGAGGUGCACCUGGCAAUGCCAGUAGAUUGGAAUCCAAGGCGCACCUUCUUCCCCUGGACUUCACCUCACUUGUUGAUCCACACCUUGCCACGUUCACACCGGCCCUUUACCUAUCUCUGUCUGUCUGAGUUUUCUGAGAAUAUUGUCCUGUUCUCUUUUGUAUAUGGAGUUCUGUCUUCUUUAUAGUCUAAUGAGACUUUGACACCAGAUGGGGAUGUCUGGAGUUGGAAAGAAAACAUCUUCAUCUGUCCUCCUGCCUACAUGGUAAUGCUUCAUGGGCUCUUUCCCUGGGAGGGUGGCUUUUUCUGGAGCAGUGUUUAGAGCAGUCUAGUCGUGUUUAUAAGUUCUCUUUCUGCGUAAAUAUUGGUCUUAAAUGUUCUCACUGGUUUUGUGGCGUAUGUAACUUAAAAAUUAACCUUGCUAUGUGCAAACACUAAUCCGAAAGGCUGAGGCCACCUUAGCCCCUCUAUUCUCUGCUCCUCUGAAUAGCUUUAACAUGUGGGCUUUUGUGAAGACCACAUUCAGACCUGAGUUAGAGACUGCCAGAACAGGUAGGAAGCGGAGGAAGGGGUGCACACACUGCGUCUUCAUUGGCAGCUGAGCCCUUAAAGACAUUUCAGCAGAGGAGGUUGUCAGGGAGGAGAAAUGGAGAAACUGUAACUUUCUGGUGAGUAGGAGAUGGGGUAUGUUUGGAAAUGACAAAAGAAAUAAAUGACUCGCACUUAGAA